AUGCUCCCGGCCAAUACAUCCGUGUUCGGGUGCGACGACACGACGUUCCACCAGGACUUGGGGAGCAAGGCUGAUUUCUGGGACAAGCGCUUGCGUCCGUACCUGGAGAAGGAGAAGGGAUGGGUUGCGGAGGACAUGCAGUUCUUUAGUAAUAUGAUGGAGUUCGUGCCCGUCUCACUCUCAGACCCCUCCACUUUGAGGGCGCUGGACGCUCGCAUACGGCAGUCCUCCGAGGGUCGCGCUAAGGAUCACAGGGUGUUCUACCUCGCGUUGCCAUCCUUCCUUUUUGCCAGUGCGGUGGAGGCUAUCAAGCUGAACUGCUGGUCGCAGACAGGCGCUUGCCGCGUCAUCGUGGAGAAGCCCUUUGGCAAGAAUGGGGCAGAGGCCAAGGAGCUCUCCGACAAGCUCAGCAGGCAUUUGAGCGAGCCCGAGACAUUCAGAAUAGACCAUUAUCUCGCCAAAACGCUGGUGCUCAACCUGCUCACCCUGCGCUUCGCAAAUCGUGAGCUGGGCUCCCUGUUUCAUCAGUACCACAUCGCCAAUGUCCGCAUCACAUUCAAGGAGACCAUCGGGGUGGUGGGGCGCGCUGGGUACUUCGACAGCUACGGCAUCAUCAGGGAUAUCAUGCAGAACCACCUCAUGCAGGUUCUGGCCCUGGUGGCCAUGGAGGCCCCCGCCAGCCUGGGGGCCGAGGACGUCCGGGACGAGAAGGUCAAGGUGCUGAAGCAGAUCCGGCCGAUCGACCCGGCGAAUUGCGUCAUCGGGCAGUACGACGGCUACCAGGAUGAUCCUGACAUAAAAAGGAUUAAUGAUGAAAAGGGGCAUCCCUCAAGAUGCCCGACUUUCGCGGUGGCCGUACUGUACCUCGACAACGAGCGAUGGUCUGGGGUACCUUUCAUCCUGAAGGCGGGCAAGGCACUGGAGACUCCCUUCACCAUCGUGCGGCUGCAGUUCAAGAAGGCGCCUCCGAACAGCCUCUUCGGUGAACAGCCGCAGAACGAGCUGGUGAUCAGGAUACAGCCGAACGAGGCUAUCUAUUACAAGAUGCUGGCCAAGUUGCCAGGCCUCACGCAGUCGGCCAAGGACGUAAAGCAGACUGUUCUCGACCUGGACCUCAAGAAGCGGUUCGAACUCCGGCGCACACCAGAGGCGUACGAGAAGCACGGUGGCGGAUCCACGACGUGA